GACAUAUUCUCCUCUCUUCUGCACACAGAAAAGAAAAAGGAAACUCCUCUCUCACUCCUCACAAACUCACAAACUCUCACCACAUUCAUCAUUCACCAUCUUCCCACCAAAUUCAAACCAGAACCUCUCUUUCUCUUCUUUCACUUUCUUCAUCUUCUUGCUGAGACUAUGUCUCCAAUGAUAAGCGAACAUGGGGUGGUCUUCGCAACCGCCAUGGCUCUCUCCGGCACAGUGAUCCUCCUCGCUCUUCGUCUGCAGCAGAGGCCUUCUUUCCCACAAACCCAAUUCCACGAAAUCGCUCCUUCCCCACCUCCAAUUCUUCGAUCUUGCAUAUCCUCUGAUUUGAAGAAGAGGGAGCAGAAGAAGAAGAAGAAGCGGGUUCAUUUUGCAGAGGACGUGAUGGACUCGUGUGGAGAUGGUGCUGAGUUUCGGAGAAGGAUGAUUUUGAAGAUAAACUCACAGUCCAAGGUUCAGAAGAAUUGUAAUGGCGGAACAGAGAAGAACAGAGUCAUGCCUGCAAACAGGGCAGCUUUGUAUAAUGGAAUUCUUAGAGAUCGUGUUGCUCAGCGAUUGGCCUAUUCUUGUUGAUUUUGGUUUUUGUUUUUCUUCACUUUUUUCUGUGAAUAUUCUGUGAUUAUGCUCCUCCCUUUUCUUUUUUUACUUUUUUUUUCCUUACCCUUUUUUACAAGUAUAGGAAAUUAGAGGGGAGGGUCCACCUUGGUUGCAGACUUGCAGUUAUGGCUCUUUGCAGUGAAUUGAUUGGUCACACUUGGUGGAUUGUCUUGUGAAUUGUGAAGAAGAUUUUGGAUAAUAUUUUAGGAUAAUUUUCUUACUCUCUCUCUAGUCUAGUGUCUUCAGAACUCCAUGAGCAAUUAUGUGUUCCAUUCUUUCCCCUGUUUCUGUUUUGUACUCAAAACAACAGCCUAUGGUCAAUCCAAUGUUCAAAUUGUAGUUGUAUUUUCACUAUUUUGAUCAUGUUAUGUUACAUGUAAAUACACAUAUACUACUUCUUGAAUUAAAAGGCUAGAGUUUCUGUUG